AUGUACCAAACGAACAGGAGUUCUCUCAAACGUGAUUCUGCUCUUCGUCGUUCACUGGGAGGUAUUGCCGCGGUACCGUUAUGGCUCUCUUUUGGGGAUGCUGAUGAGACAGCUUCUAAUCAGGAUUCACUACGACUACAAAAUUAUACUCCCAGACCGUCUCCUUCAAACUAUCCCCUCUCUCCAGUACUGCGUAUACGUGUCUCUCAAUUGCCCAGUUUGGACAGUCUUGGUUUCGCUUUGGACUCUUAUGUGCAUCCGUUAUCCGACGAAUUUGUCGGAUUGCGGCUCUGUGACCGUUUCAGGAGUCGUCAGAUACAUUUCGAAACUCGAAAGAAUUGCCCACUUCGCGUCGGCGAUGUGAUUGUUAUGGUGAAUCAGCAUAAAUUAUCCACAAUGCACGAGUCUCAGGCUAUACGCUAUGUGUACAACGCUUUCCGAGAUGCGCGACAGUACAUCGUGGAAUUCGGCGUAUAUCGCUUACCGGAGGCUUUUGAACCUUCCUACGAAACGAAGAAGAAGCAGUGGCAUGCUGACGAAGGUAUCACUUCAACUGGAAGAGCUUAUGGCACCAUUCAACGCUCAGCCACCUUUUUGCCUCCUUCGCUGACGGACACAUCUCUCGAGCAGCAUCGGCCCAGGCGAACAUCGCGGUCCCCUGUUAGUGCGAGACACGAAUCGUACAAAAAUGUCCGUCCGAGCUCUACUUUUCUCUCACCUGAUUCAAUAUCGUUCACUGAUCUUGCGUCUUCCAAUCGUCUAAGUGCGAUCGCUGACCAGGUUAUCGUUGCGGACAGUGAAUCUUCACGCCAUUCAAUGCUUCCCGUGCAACCUGCCUCAGUGGCGACCCCUGUGAAACUUGUCACGUCUCCAUCUUCCCCUGCUUCUCCGUUACCCUCCAAUCAUCGCAGAUCUUUGAGCAAUCACACAUUGAAAGACUUGAAUGCAUUCAAUACACGGACAAUUGGCCGUAAAAUUUGCAUCGAUCUGGUGAAAUUGGCCGAUGGCGGAUUGGGUUUCACUCUCACAAGCCGCGAUACCCGGACGAGCAUGGACAAAGGUGAUCCAGUUUACGUAAAGAAAAUACUCAGUUCCGGUGCAGCCAUAGCUGAUGGUCGACUGUCGGUUGGCGAUCGACUUCUUUCUGUGAACGGGAUCGAGACGAUCAACUUAAACCAAGUUUCAGCCCAGUUGCGCUCCAUGAAAUCUGGCGAGUGUGUGCGACUGAUCAUUUCCAGGCAAAUUUGUUCUCCGCCCGAUGAGAACCUCAAACAAAAGUCCCCACUAACCUCGCAUUCUGUUACCUAUGAUUCCCAAGCAAGCUCAUUCCGAUCUUUCACCUACGAAUUCCAACUGCCAAAUGAUGUACCAAGUGGAUCAUCCCCUUCGCUUGGCAUCAAUUUUAAGUGGCUCACUCGGCCACCUAAUUGCGAUCCCUCUUUCGCCGACGUUCCUGGCUUAUAUGUGGACAGCCUUCUUCCGGACGGGUUGGUUCUCAAGUCUGGGAGAAGCACAGUUCUUCCAGGAGACCGACUCGUUGGUUUAAAUGGUGAGGAUCUGGAAGGUCUGAGUGCGAAGGCUGUCAGUCAGCGCGUUAAGCAGAUUCUUGCAAACAGUUUGGAAUGUGGGCCACGAACGUUCAGCCUCACGGUGCAUCGAUACUGUCGUUUCAGUCCGCAGAAUCUCGAUGAGAUCCGUCAGUCAUCUUACAGGCGUUCCACCUCAGUUACCAUGGGAGACCUCGAAAACGAUGCAUCUCAAGUUGCUUCAAAUCAAGUAUCGGUAACAGAUUGCAGAAGAAGACGCACGUCCAUUUGCAGCGAGGCUUUUGAUGAUGCAUCCGAUGGUCGCUCCCACAGAGCGGAACUGGUGUCAGACAUGGAUCCUAGCUCCUAUCCUCGGUACCUCUCUGUCCCACCACGGACAUCCGGCCGUUCCUGUUUCGAACGAGAAGGAUUAGGACGAAGAAGUGUGUCGGAAAAGCGUCAUGGUCACCUUGAUCCAUCACAAUUCUCUUUUUUUCAGACAAAUAUCCUACCAGCUCGCUACAAAAUGCCUGAAGAUGUGGACAAACAGUACUCCACUAUGCCCACCGCACGUAGACUAAAGCUGCACAGAGAGCGCUUGGCUCACAGCAUACCCCCUAACAGCUCCAGCGGUCCGAUGAAGGCACUACACCCCUCUGAAGCCAAUCCGCAAGCCCAACACACACAGUAUGCUAACCCUGUGGAAUUUGCAGCAAACGGCUCUUCACCUCAAGGCGAUCCUACGCUCUCCACACAAAGUCCAAGCCGCUUCCAUAGAAGAAGGAAGCAAAACAACAGCUUCCGAAAUGCGGUUGAUCGCUCGCUUACUCUUAACACUCCGGACAAGCUUUUUUCGAAUUAUCUUGGUUCCAACAACACAUGCGUCGAUGAACCCUGCGCAUCACAGUGUCAGUCUAGAAUUAGUCAGCUUUCCCUUACCGUCUCACUCGAUGCUGCCCCGCAGCAUCCAGAUCCGUCUAUACACUUAGUUUCUGUGGCACGCCGUACCCAAAACACACGCAACUCUCAUCCCUCAUCUCCCUCUAUGUCACAAAGCCCUAUCAGUUCAGACACCCCUCCAAUUCCGGCUCGUCAGAAACAACAGACCACUUACUCACAAAAAACGGGAAAGUUACGUCUCGGCAGUUUCAAAGAUUUGUUUAAGCGCUCCCAUAACAGAACAACUGCACCAUCGACUAAGGAUUGCGGCGAAUCUUCUAUUUUUACGACCGAUACACCGAACCUAUCAGUACGACGUUUUUCGGUCCCUGCGACUGUCGAUGCUAUGACACUCCCUCCCAACUCAAAAACAGCUAUCAAUGAAUCAAAUUUCCGAGCACUAGAUCCUCCUUCCACUGUGAUGCCCCAUUUCGCUGGUCAUAGAAGCGAUGAAGUUUCCCAUCCCAGGAGUAGCGAGCCGCCUAUGGUAUCCCAACUGAUGCAAUCGAUAUCGCCACCCAACAAAACCACAACCAAUCCCACGCGGAAAAUUCGACAUUCCUCUGUCAUGAAAAAUGAACAGUCUGUUCAACUUCAGAUUGAAACGCAGUCGCCCCCACCAGUGCCACCAAGGGCUCAUCAUUCAAACAAUUAUCAAAAAUCUCUUCCGAAACAGAACAAGGUAUCUUCUAGCGGCGAUAUUGCAGCCCAUAAUCAUCACCGUGGCUCAUGCGAAUCACGACCUCCUGGCACAAACGAGUACAACUCAUCCCAUCGGUCCUGUGGUUCUUUGAAAGCCUAUUCACACGAGAAAUACUAUUCAUACCGAGACCAUUCACCCGUGUACAUGCCGAAGCAGCCAUCGUAUGUUGUGAUCACCACCACCCGAAACCAUUCCCGAUCAAAUGGCUUAGGUUUCUCUCAACCAUCGAAGGAGGGAAAACUUGUCUCCCGCAACUCACAUUCCCAUCGUGCUCUCAGCAAACCCAUUCCAGUACAUUCUGAAAUGGAAAAGUUGAAUUCUAACGUUUCAACUAUUGGUCCAACCAAUACCCUUACUCGGUCAUCCAGGCCAAAAAGUGCAGUUGACCAAGGUAACAUGAAGACACUCACCGGAUCUAAUACCAGUGCCUAUCUAAAAGGAAGCAAACCGACAUCGCCUUCUAUUGUCCAGUCUGGGUCGUCUAAUUGCAGUCCUGCCUGCUCUGUUGUUCAUACGAAGAGCCCUCUGACGCAUUCCAACUACAACAAAACACUGUGA